UGUCAUGCCCUAGCAAUAGUAGGCUACAUUUUCAAAUAGAGUGAUAGCCAUAGCCAUGGCUAUUUUCCUGAACCGAAUCGGUCUGUUGUAAAUCCGUCGUAUUAGGCUACAUUUCCUGCACGUUACUGACUGUCUGAGAACCACGAUUUGUCGCCUAUAACAUCUGGACAGUUCAGAGAGUAAACGUUAGCACUGUGUACACUGUUCUUGCAGACCUCACAACUUUACGUCAUUGCAUGACAACAGUGGAGUGAUUGAGCUUCAGAUCUGCUGUGACACAGUCCUCCCUUUCUUUCUUUCAGCAGAGAAGUGAGACCUUAACUGAAAAUGCACCCAGACCUGUCUCCUCACUUACACUCUGAUGAGUGCAAUGAUUUAAUCGCACAGCUUAGACAGUGUCACCAAGAGCAUAAUGUCAUGCGCUUCUUUGGUACUUGUAAUGACAUGGAUCGUGCCAUGCGCCAAUGUCUUAAAAAAGAGUACCAGGUCAAGAGGGAUCGAAGCAAAGCUCAUGCAGCUGAGAUGAAGGAGAGGCUGAAGACAGCCCCCAAGGAGUAUUGAGGAGGGGUGUGCCGGCAUGGAGCCACAGUUGAGACCAUCCAAGCUGUGAUAUCCACUGAAUGCAGGGUCUCUAUGACCAGGCCGUUAGGAAGAGACUCACAUAGCUCACUGAGCUCAUGGUUUCUGGACUGACAAACGUGUGUGUGUGUGUGUGUGUGUGUGUGUGUGUGUGUGUGUGUGUGUGUGUGUGUGUAUGUGUGUGUGUGUGAGUGUCUGUGUAUGUGUGUGUGAGUGCACGUUUGAUGAUGUGAGUUUGGGUGUUGGACCCUCUCGGAUGAAGAGAGAGCCUUCCUGCAGUUUCCCUGCUCAAUGGAGCUUGUCAGAAGCAACAGGACAUUUUGAAUGUAGCACUGCUCCCUCUUGUCCAGGAUUGUACUUGACCUAGGCUAUAUCUGGAUUAAUUUAAAGCUAUUUUAAAUUAACAUUCUGUUGUUGGCUCAGUGCAGUAUCGAUCAGGGAUGUUUAUCCUGCUUGAAAUGCAGUGUGAUGACUUUGGGCAGUUCAGUAAAAAAUAAAAUAAACUCUUUUUUGUGUGA